CUUUUCUUCCCUCCUUGCCGAUUUAGAGACAACAUAAAUCGCGGAACUUCAACCCAGCGCCAUUUCAACCGACUCACAAGAGCGACUUUAGCUCAAUCCUGAACACCAGGAGAGCAUAUGUAGUGUUAAUAACAAUAAAUCAUAUAAUAAUCGCACUCGGCAAGCUCCCUCGCCCGGCGAUUUUCUUCAGGUUGUUUACUGGACACAAUAGUUUUUGUUGGAGUUGGAAUCUUGUGCUGUAGUUUUAUCGAAUCGGAGGAGUGAGAAGAUGGCAACUCUUAAUGACUCUUUUCUGGCUGAUCUUGAUGAAUUGUCUGAUAAUGAAGACGAUCUUCUGGAUGCGGACAAUGACAACGCCGAGCACAUGGAAGAAGAUAUAGAUGGUGACUUGGCAGAUAUAGAAGCACUUAAUUAUGAUGAUUUGGAUAGUGUGUCCAAACUACAAAAAACUCAGCGCUAUACUGACAUCAUGCAGAAAGUUGAAGAUGCGCUGGAAAAGGGAUCUGAUAACUCGUCUCAAGGACUUGUUUUGGAAGACGAUCCAGAAUACCAGUUGAUAGUUGAUUGUAAUGCCUUGUCGGUCGAUAUUGAAAAUGAAAUAGUGAUAAUCCACAAUUUUAUCCGUGACAAGUAUCGGUUAAAAUUUCCGGAGCUUGAGUCUCUGGUUCAUCACCCCAUUGAUUAUGCUCGUGUUGUUAAAAAGAUUGGGAAUGAGAUGGAUCUGACACUUGUUGAUCUAGAAGGUCUUUUACCCUCUGCCAUUAUUAUGGUGGUUUCAGUUACAGCAUCGACUACCAGUGGCAAGCCUCUUCCUGAGGAUGUCUUGCAGAAAACAAUUGAUGCAUGCGACCGAGCUCUUGCUCUAGAUUCAGCAAAGAAAAAGGUUCUUGAUUUUGUGGAGAGUCGAAUGGGAUAUAUUGCUCCAAAUCUUUCUGCUAUAGUUGGCAGUGCUGUUGCUGCAAAACUAAUGGGGACAGCUGGUGGUCUCUCAGCAUUGGCAAAAAUGCCUGCUUGUAAUGUUCAGCUUCUUGGUGCCAAAAGGAAGAACUUGGCAGGGUUUUCAACAGCAACAUCCCAAUUUCGUGUCGGGUAUCUCGAACAAACAGAGAUAUUCCAGAGCACUCCUCCUGCCUUGAGGAUGCGUGCCUGCCGACUUCUGGCUGCAAAAUCUACUCUUGCGGCACGGGUAGAUUCUACUAGAGGAGAUCCAACUGGGAAAACUGGAAGAAGUUUUCGUGCAGAGAUUCACAAAAAGAUAGAGAAAUGGCAAGAGCCCCCUCCUGCGAAGCAGCCUAAACCUCUUCCUGUUCCUGAUUCUGAGCCUAAAAAGAAGAGAGGUGGUCGAAGGUUGAGGAAGAUGAAAGAAAGAUAUGCUAUUACAGACAUGCGGAAGCUGGCAAAUAGGAUGCAAUUUGGGGUACCAGAGGAGAGCUCCUUAGGUGAUGGACUGGGAGAAGGAUAUGGAAUGCUUGGACAGGCUGGCAGUGGUAAGCUGCGUGUAUCAGUUGGUCAGAGCAGGCUUGCUGCUAAAGUAGCCAAGAAAUUUAAGGAGAGAAAUUACGGAAGCAGUGGUGCGACUUCUGGACUCACUUCAAGUCUGGCCUUCACACCUGUGCAGGGUAUUGAGCUUUCAAAUCCUCAGGCAAACCAGCUGGGUGGUGGAACUCAAAGUACUUACUUUUCAGAAACUGGAACUUUUUCCAAGAUCAAGAAAACAUGAAAUGUCGCCUGAUUGGAACUCUGUCAAAAUCUUACCAUGAAUUCUGUAGAUUUGAUUGAGUAGUUUUUGAUCUGUAUGCUCUUUUUUCCUUUUCGUGUCAGAUGUAACUAAACCUUAUAUAUUUUUUACUCCCAAAUGCAGCACCAACUUGAAGUUGAUUCCUACCCUA